CCAAGCAUGUAUGAGUAAGUGAGAACCGAAGGCGGUGAAACGUGCCGCUUAACUUGUACCACUUUUCUUUAAAAGCUCACAGGGGUGGGGAGGACCGAACAUUUGUAGUAGCAAACAGGUCUGGACACGGCUCUUUAACUGGAUAAACCGGUUUUUCUGCUGCCUGUCUGCACAGAGAGGUGUUUCCAUAAGAAAUAGGAAGAAGCUCAGUAUAAGAAGCCUCAGUUUGUGAUCUGAAGAGUCCCUGUGGUUUUCCUCUCAAUAUCUUCUAACAGACAGCAAGCAAAGAUGGAGCGGAUGCAGGAUGAGAAGCCGAAGAAGACGAUUACCGCUUACCUUCUCUACUGUGUUUCAACAGCAGUCAUUGGCUCGCUGCAGUUUGGUUACAACACUGGGGUCAUCAAUGCACCAGAGCAGAAAUUGCGUGGGUUUUUCUACAAUGUGUCUUCGGAACGGUACGGAGAACCUUUCAGCCAAGGAACAAUCACCAUGGUGUGGAGUUUCUCUGUGGCCAUCUUCAGUGUGGGAGGCAUGAUCGGGUCCUUCUCUGUCGGAGCUAUGGUCAACAAAUUUGGCAGGCGUAAGUCCAUGCUGCUGUCCAAUGUCCUUGCUAUCAUUGGGGGUGGUCUGAUGGGACUGUCGACCCUGAGUCGAUCUUUUGAGAUGGUCAUUUUCGGCCGGUUGGUCAUCGGUGUGUUCUGCGGUCUGUGCACGGGACUGACACCCAUGUACGUGGGGGAGAUCUCUCCCACUGCGGUCCGAGGAGCUUUCGGCACCCUGCACCAGCUGGGUGUAGUUAUUGGCAUCCUGGUGGCACAGAUCUUUGGUCUGGAGUUUCUGCUGGGCUCAGAUGAUUUGUGGCCUGUGCUGCUGGCUCUGACUGCCCUGCCUGCCGUGUUGCAGAGCAUCAUGUUGCCCUUCUGCCCUGAAAGCCCCCGCUACCUGCUCAUUGUCCUCAACCAGGAGGAGGAGGCAAGAAAAGCACUGGUGCGCCUGCGUGGCUGCGAAGAUGUGGACGACGAUAUUCAAGAGAUGAAGGAAGAAGGGAAUAAGAUGGCUAUGGAAAAGAAAGUGACCAUCCCCGAACUCUUCCGCUCCCCAAAAUACCGCCAACCAAUCAUUAUCGCCAUUGUCCUCCAGCUCUCUCAGCAGCUGUCUGGCAUCAACGCUGUAUUUUAUUACUCUACAGGCAUAUUCAAAAAUGCUGGUGUAACUCAACCCAUCUACGCUACUAUUGGAGCUGGAGUCGUCAACACUGUGUUUACUGUUGUCUCUCUCUUCCUAGUUGAAAGGGCGGGGCGAAGGACGUUGCACCUUAUUGGGCUGGCUGGAAUGGCCAUUUGUGCCCUCAUUAUGACAAUCUCACUCUCUUUAGGGAAGACCCAGCCGUCUCUAAGCUACCUGGCUAUUGUGGCUGUGUUCGGCUUUGUUGCCAGUUUCGAGAUGGGUCCUGGUCCCAUUCCCUGGUUCAUUGUGGCUGAGCUCUUCUCCCAGGGGCCCAGACCUGCUGCCAUGGCUGUCUCUGGUUUCUCCAACUGGACCGCCAACUUCCUGGUGGGGCUAGGUUUCCCUAAACUGGAGGAACUUUGCGGCGCAUAUGUCUUCAUCAUCUUCACGGUCCUCCUCAUUCUGUUUUUCAUCUUCACAUACCUGCGAGUGCCUGAAACCAGAGGAAGAACCUUUGACGACAUUGCUCAGGGAUUUGCUGCCAGUGCGGGGAAACCGCCCCACUCCCCGGUGCCUGAAGCGGUGGUCGUCGGCCUGCCAGACAGCAAAGAGCCUGCGCCCAUGUCCCCGACAGAAAAGGUUCCCAUGGUGGAUCUUCCCAUAGAGAAACCAUGAGCAUCUUUUGAGAAAAGAAGGAAGGUACAAUGCAGACAAACAAGUUCCAACCACAUCAAUAUUCUGAGGAGUAAGAGCAGCCAGAGUGUGUUUAGAAAAAACAGCUCUGUAUUAAUGCAGUAAUACAUUUUUAGUUUUUUAAUGUAUGUUUUCAGUGUGCCUUUCUUAAUUUAUAUGUUUUUUUAAAGAUUCUCUGGUUACAGAUGCUAAAACAAUUGACCGAAUUCUCUGUAAUCCUACUUUUAAACGUGGGCCAAACUUAACUGAAUUGCCAGUACUUAAUUUUUGUUGACAUUCCCAGUGCCAGUUCCGUGCAUAUUGAUCAAUGUGAGAGGAUCAACAUAUGUUAAGUGUUGAGUCUCAGCUACCCCCAGUAUUAAAAGGUUGUAGGAUUUGGGUGGGGGGUUACGAAUUGAGGUCAAGCCUGAAAAGCCGGUUUUUGAGCACAGUAGUUUGACCCAAAAAAGACUGACUUGGUGUCCUCUCUGCUUGCCUGAUGUGCCUCACUGCCAUGAGAUGGGAGCCAUGUUGACUUGAGUAGACAGAAAAAACAUGGAGGAGGUGCUGUAGCUAUCCCUCUCUUCUUCAGGUGCACAAAAGGUUAAAUUAAAUAUAUUUAAACACCUUUAAGUAUGAAAUGUAUUAUAACCUUAUUUGGGAGUAGACCAUAUUUGUAUUUAUGUAUGUUGUUUGAAGUCGGGAGUGUUUGUGCUGAUAAAGAAGUAACUCAAGUAAAUUGGUGGUGCUUACAUCACAUGUGUUGUAUGUAUGAGAAUGAGGUGUAGUCUAUCACUGCCAAGUCUUAACAGAGUCUCUGUUUUACCAUUUCACUAUAGGGUACAACCAUGGAUGACAGAAAAAUUGUUGUAGUGCCAUUACAAAGUGCAUUAUAACAGUUGGGUACAAAAACUCAGGUGGCAGUUUGUGUUAUUGUACAUGGCUUCUGACUGUUACAGCAAAAAAAUUUUAUUCAUCACUGUACUUGAACCUUUUUUGUCAUUUGUUUGUAACUACAAGCUACUGCAUCACAGGUCAUGAAAUAAAAUAUCUUAUAAUCUCCUAAACAGUGUUACAUCAAAUCAAAUGUGCUUAUCAGAGGGUUAGGGUUAGUAGGAUGCACUGGAACACAUUUAAGUCUACUGAUAAUUACAGAACAACACAUAUCUCAGUCUAAACAAGACAUCAGUCAUGUGACAUGGUUAUACUGAAUAAAAACACUAGAUGAAUUGUAUUUAUUUCUACAGUUUACGCACAAAAAAUGUCUUCUCAUAUGUAUUUGUGUCCAAUUGUCUGAAAUUGUGUGUAUAUAUUGUAGAAUUUGUAGUUACAUGAUCAGCUUUUACAGCACAGUAUACAUGCUUAUAAAUGUUGUGCCAAUGUUUGUACAGUUGCACCUUCUCUUGGAUGUGCGCACUGUCAUAAAGAAACACUUUUCAGCAUGUGAGCUUUUCAGUGUUUGGUUUGCACUUUGGCCGUCUGACUACUUUCUAAUGAUUGUUUUGUUUAUGUGUCGAUCUCUGUUACAUGUAAAUACACUUGUAUGUGUUCA